UUUCUUUUUGUCUCCCCUGGGAUUCUGGAUGCUGAUUUCUCAUCUUUCAGCACUGGUGUGGGCCCGACCCUUGGCGCUGUGCAGACUGCCCAGCUCUCUGGAAGCUCGCCCUGAGCUGGGGAGGCCCAAUCUCAGGGACUCACAGGGCUCCUCCUCCACGGUGUCCCUCUCCCAUGCCCCCUGAUCCCACCCCGUGGUGUCCCGGCAGGCUACUUCCUUUCCUCUUUGGGAGCCGCCCAGGUUGUGGCCUCUGAAGUAUGGCUGAAAAGGUGGCCCAGAAGCAGAGGCUCCAGGACGCUGAGGGGCAGAAGCCAGAGCCUUGGGGAGAAGUUGCAGCUCUCCUCCUGUCCUGUGCACAAGCAGACUGGGCCCCUGCAUCUGACCCUGAGGGUAUGGUGUCCACAGCGGCGGGCUGAGGAUGUACAACCUUUGAUCUCCAAAUGUGUGAAGGAAGGAAGAACCUCUGGAGAUGUCUUCCAAUAAUGACCCUGUUGCAAUCCCGAUGAUAGAAAGAAAUCCCAGUGACCUUCCUGGUAUGGACACCAGUGACCCAGACACAUUGACUGGAGAGGCUGUGUUGAGUUUUCAUAACAUCAACUAUCGAGAGACAGUGCAGAGUGGCUUUCCAUUUUGUAAAAAAACAGAGGAGAAAGAAAGACUAUCUAAUGUCAAUGGGAUCAUGAAACCUGGCCUCAAUGCCAUCAUGGGACCUGAAGAUGGCAGCAGAUCUUGGUUAUUGGAUGUCUUAGCUGCAAGGAAAGAUCCAAGUGGAUUAUCAGGAGAUAUUUUGAUAAAUGGGAAACCUCGACCUGCUAAUUUCAAAUGUACUUCUGGUUAUGUACCACAAAAUGAUGUGGUGAUGCACACGGUGACUGUGAGAGAAAAUAUAGAGUUCUCAGCAGCUCUUCGACUCCCAAUGACUGUAAAGAGAGAUGAAAGAAGAAGGCGAAUUGAUGAGGUCCUUGAACUUCUGCAUCUGGAUAAAGUGGCAAAUGUCAAGCCUAGAUCUAAAGAGCUCAGGAAAAGGACCAGUAUAGCAAUGGAGCUGGUCACUGAGCAUCCCAUUCUGUUCUUGGAUGAUCCCACCACUGGCUUAGACUUGAGCACUACAACAGAUGUCAUCUCGGUCCUGAGAAGGAUAUCUAUGCGGGGACAGACAGUCAUCUUCUCCAUUUAUCAGGCUCAGUACUCCAUCUUCAGAUUUUUUGAUAGCCUCACCUUAGUGGCCUCAGGAAAAGUCAUGUAUCACGGGCCAGCACAAGAGGCAUUGGAGUACUUCACAUCCACAGGUUAUGAAUAUGAUUCCCACAACAACCCUGCAGACUUCUUCCUGGACAUCAUUAAUGGAGGUUUCUCUGCUAUAUUAGACAUAGAAGAAGAAGGCCAUGAUGCUGACAAGUACAAAGAGCUUUCUGAGAGACAGCACCAAGUCACAGAAAAAUUAGCCAACAUGUAUGUCCAGUCCUCCUUAUACAGAGAAAUGAGAACUGAACUGGAUCUACUCUUGGGGGAACAGAGGACAGGGAGGAGCUCAGCCUUGGAGCAGAUCACGUGUGUCACCCCUUUCUGGCAUCAGUUCAGAUGGAAUUUCUCUCAUUUAUUAAAAAAUUGCCUGGGUUUUCCAGAUGUCACUGUGAUUCAGGCAUUUAUCAUAGCCAUACUGUCUGUGAUUGUGGGUAUCAUUUUCCGUGUCCUAAGAAAUGAUUGUAAUGAAGUCCAGAUCAGAGCUGGCCUGCUCUUCUUCUUCACAGUCUUCCAGACCAUCACAAGUGUGACUGCUGGGGAGCUCUUUGAGAUUGACAGGGACCGCUUUCUACAUGAGCAUACCAGUGGAUACUACAGAGUGUCACCGUAUUUCCUUGGGAAGUUGCUGGCUGAGCUGGUACCCAGGAGGUUAUUGCCAAGUAUUAUAUUUACUGUUAUAGUAUUCAGCAUAGCAGGAGUGGAAACAGAUGUGAAGGGUUUCUUCGCUAUGUUUUUUACCAUCAUGAUGCUGGCUUAUUCUGCCAGUUCCCUGCCACUGUCAAUAGGGGCAGGGGAGAAAGCAGCAGCUGUAUCAACAGUACUUGUGGUCAUCUACUUUAUGUUGAUGCUGUUUAUCUCAGGUCUAUCACUAUUUUACACAAACUUCUUGCAAGACUACUCAUGGAUUCAGUAUUUCAACAUUCCUCAUUAUGGAUUUACAGCUUUGCAGCACAGUGCAUUCCUGGGACAAAACUUCUGUCCAGAACGUAACACAGUAGAAGUCAGUAGAUGUCAUAACUAUGUAAUAUGUACUGGUGAAGAAUACUUGAUAAUCCAGGGCAUUGAUCUGUCAUCAUGGGGCUUCUGGAAGAAUCAAGUGGCCUUAGCUUGUAUAAUGAUUAUCUUCUUAUCAAUUACCUAUGUGCAGUUAUUAGCUCUUAAGAAAAAGAGACAUUUUUAAAUCACUCUUCCACUUUCUUUGAAUUAAUCUGACAUUUGAAAAAAUAAAACUUUGCUGGUGGCCAUGUCAGAGGAACAUCAGGGAACACUUGAAUUCAGGAGUUUGGUCCACCAGAAUGCAAGGCACUGAUGGGUGAAUCUUGGCUAGGAAAAGCCCUGAGGGCUGUGGCUUCAGAAUGUCUCUUGCUAGUGCUGUGCCUUCACGUGUUUGCUGCUGCCACUUUUUUCUGUUAUCUGGCUUGGUGUGAAUGGGGGGAGGGGAUCCCCACUGCCUUUAAUGUGGUGUGAUUAUCUCAUGGAAAUACCUCGUUCUACUGGGCAUUUUUACCUGUGGAUUAUUACGAAGAUGAUUUCCUCAUAAGCUGUGCUGUUUAACUGAACUAAAUGAUUUUAUACAACAUUAGUGAUAGUUUAAACAGAAUUUUGAUGAUUAAGAGUUUUUACCAAAUGAAGUAAGACAUUAUUAUGAGGUUAGCUUAGUGGGAAUAUUAAUAUAGGUAAAAGUAGGAUAUAGUGUUGCCACUGCCCCUGAUAAAGCAGGGACUGCAGAGCAUAGAAAUUAGCAAAAAGGAAGUGUCACACAGCUAGGACUUAUGAGUUUUCUUGAGAGCCCUAUUGACUGUGGCCUAGGUUAAUGAUUAAGGAAAAUAAUCAAGUCCCAGGAGUUAACUCAAGUUGUUUUGAUAUUGGGAAAUGUGUUCAUGGAUUUUGGUGUGCAUCAUAGCUAAAACAAACUUUAAUACUUCAUGUAACUAGAAAACAAAGAAUUGGAUAGUUAAAAUAAUUGGGCAGAACUUAAAAUAUGAAGAGUAAAACUAGUAAUUUGUUUCUCUGACAAUUAUAAAACUACUGUCUGUGUAAGCAGUUAUGGCUGAAAAGCUCUUGAUUUAUGAGAAUUCUAAAAGAUAAAUGUUUACCUGUAUGUGGGUGCUUGGGGACAAUUUGUUUUUUAACCUGUAAUGAGUAAAAUGUUUAAUUCAUUAAGGGAAAUGGGAAACA